GUUUAUUUUUUGUUCUUGGUUUGUCUCUCUCUCUCUCUUUUUUUUGAAGAUUUAUUUAUGUAUUUAUUUAUUUUAGAGAGCAUGAGCGUGAGCGGGGGGAGGGGCAAAGGGAGAGGGGAAGCAGACUCCCCACUGAGAGGGGAGCCUUACAUGGGGACUCGAUCUCAAGACCCUGAGAUCACCACCUGAGCCGAAACCAAGAGUUGGAUGCUUAACCGACUGAGCCACUCAGGCGCGCCCCCUGGUUUGUGUCUCUUAAGCAAAAAAUUGUAUGACUAUUUUUAUAAAUCGUGUAUCAGGUAGCUUUGUUCAGCCCCUCAAAUACUUUUUGAAGUAAGCAAGUCAUAAAUGAAUAAUUAACUAUAAUAAUAACCAUAAAACUAUAUAUAAUAAGAAACAAAUUCUAACAAUAAUAAAUGAAUUAAUGGUUUUCUUAAAAAGCUCUGGAAUAUAUAGUCUUUACUCAACACUCAACAUUCAGAAAAAUGGCCACUUGCUGCCAUUUGAGGAAGUGUUUUCAGGGCCUUCCUAGGGCCAGACUUCGCUCAACACACACUUUGUAAAGGUCAUGUCACCAUUUGCUGUGCUGGGCACAGAGGGUAAUAGAGACAAGGGAGGCAUGCUGUGCCCUGGAGCAGUGAGAACUGGUCUCUGAUGAGCACAGCUGUUCCCAUAACAUUUAUGAAACAAACUAACAGAGGUCUUGUUUGGGUAUCUUUCUAGGUAUAAGAAAAAACUUAAGAUAAAAAAGAAAAUACCACUGAACACCAUGUGGACUGCCAACUGUAUGGACAGAGUGGAGGAUGCCAACAUCUGUGCUGGGAGGUCCUUUAUCCUGGGCUGGCCCACGGUGACCUUUGUGGCCACCUUCGGUUCUUCGGAACAAAAGGAAAAAUGGCAUUCUUUCCUUCAAAGGUACAUCAAUCUGGCCAAAGAGAAGGACCAGCCCAAAAGCAUUCCUCUCAGAAUCUUCACUGAGGACAUCAAGAACUGUGCCUGUUCUGUAACUGUAACAGUAACAAAUUCAGACACAGUGAAUGACAUUAUCAACAUGUCACUACCAAUGCUAGGAAUAACUGGCUCUGAGAAAGACUACCAGCUGUGGGUGAGUGCUGGCAAGGAAGCGUCCCCACACCCACUCACUGGACAUAAACAUCCCUAUGGAAUUAAAAUGAGCCAUCUUCCAUCUACCACACUGCUGCCGCAGACACCAGAGGACUCCAUCUCUCCUUCCACCCUCCAGGAGUCCCUCCUUCUGGAGCAGGGGUUCGCAGAGAUGCAAGGCCGGUUCAUCCUGAAGCCCAGGCACCCGGCGCAGAAUGAGCAAGGGAGAGAUUACAGGCAGAAGACAGUUAAAAGCGGUUUUUUCAGAGACUGGGCCUGUUGUCUGGGCUCCAGCACUAGCCAGGACAGCCAGUGCACAACCCCACCUUCUUCAAAGCCAGGACAGCUCUUUGGAGUUUCCCUCAUGGAUGUGUGUAAUAAAGACAACUUGCCCUUCCCAAUCCUGGAUAUGCUUUCCUUUAUUAAUCAAAAAGGGUCACUCACAGAAUGCAUCUUCAGCAAAUCACCCAAUAUAAAAUCAACCAGGGUCCUAAAGGAGAAACUAAAUUCUGGGGUCAAAGUGGACCUGUACAGCGAAUCUGCUCAUGUGGUCGCAUCCGUCUUAAAGGUAGGGAAGGUUCUAGCAUUAUCCACACAUGAGUAA